UUCAUGCUUUUUAACCCAUUUGUGUCUCUUGGUUCUCCACUGACGAUUAAACUUCAUGUCACCUUAUAUAAGGUUUUCCAUGACAGAACUACCUUUGACCAGCUUUUAAUAGCAAGCCAUCUUCUUUCGGAAUUUGGUAGAUUAUAUAUUUACUGCACUAGUGUCAAUGUGUGUGUGUGUGUGUACACAGUGCGCUCUGUGAGAGACGUCCAAGGAAAGCAGGGGCGGCAAGCAGUCACCUCUCCUCUUCUCUUUCUGUCCAAGUCCUCGUCUUUCCUCGCCUUCCACUCUGGGUGUCUGCUUGUCUGGCUAAUGAUGGAUCAAUGUCAGCACAAUGGAAAAGAGACCUUUGCUUCACCCUGCACCCACCUCCACUUAUUACCACUUUCUCCAUUGCUUACUGCCACCCGUUAUCAUCUUCUCUGUAUUUUCAAUAGGCUUUUUCUCCUCAUGUCUUUCUGUGCCGCCCUCCCGUCUCCCGUUCACUCCAUGCCUUUGGGCCAAUGAUCGCAUUAGCUUAGUUUGGUUCAGGAGUCCUGCCAGCCAGACGCCUCACACACCUCACAGGAUGAUUUUGUUCUCAGCGUGCUGCAUCUGUGGUCUGAUUGGCGGCAUCCUCAACUUCCAGUUUGUCCGUGCGCUCACAAAACGACCAGAUUCCAUGCAAUCCAUCCACUUUGCUGCCAUGACUCUGGCCUGUCUGGGGAUCUCCUCAUGUACAUUAUCCACUUGGCUCACCUGUCGUCUGGCCAGUUCCGAGCAACAGAGGAUGUUCUUGGAGAGGGAGCACUCCUUGCACCAUUCACACGAGAUGACAGAGAAGGAUGUCUUGGACAACUCCAGUAACGGUAUACCUCAGCUCUCCUACAAUGGACACACCAGUGCAUCACCAUGACGACAACUUGAAUCACUUGCUGUCAAUACAUAAAGCGUGGCUGUACUGCAGGCGGAAAAUGCUUUGACGUAUAACAAUAUCAAUCACAGGAGGUGGACUCUGUGCAGAGAGUGAAGUGAGAUUUUUUUUUUUUUAAAUUAUUAUUAUUUUUUUGGAUGGAUGGAGUGCAUCGGACCUAACCAAAGAGGAUGAAUUGACAUUUUAGUGUCAAAUAAAUACUUGAUAUCAUCAAACCUUUAAAUGAAUGAGCAGAAUGGAAGAGAUUUUCUUUCUAUACUGCCUCAAAAUCAGUUAGUCAGGCUUUACCUCAGUGUGGGUUUUAAUUGAACAUUUUCUCAUCUGCUUAUCCUCACAAGGGUUGCGGGUGUGCUGUAGCCUAUC